CUCUUUGGUCUUGUCCGUGUUUUUUUAACUUUUUAUGAACCAUAGUCGAGAGCAGCUAGGGUUCAGUUUCGUUCUGCUGAGUCGCAUACCGCUGUUUAGUGUUUAGUAUUAAUCAUAGAAAGAAGAUAAGAGAAAAGGAAGAUGAACGAACAAAAAGAGAUGCAAUACGUGUGUUUCAAGACGCUAGAUAUGUUUUAUGGAAUCGACGUCUCCGAUUUGCUUUCUCCGCCCAAGGAGUUGGAGGACCAGGCGGUGCUGACUUGGGCUUCUCUUCCUCCGAUUCCAGCUGCUUUCAAGGCUGAUCUUCCGGCUUUCUGCAUGCAGCUUGUGGAGUUCGACUCCAACUUCUAUCUCCUCGGCGGUCUUCAAAAUCGUCCUUUCGCCAAAUCUCGUUUCGGUCCUCCUUCGUUCAAAACAUUCCAACUUCAUCUGGAAGAAGAUAAUGAGAAACAGAAGCAGAAGCAGUUAACGUUCAAGGAGGUGGACUCAAUCUCUAAACCACCAAUGUGCUACGCCAAGAUGGUGUUCGACUACGAAAAAAUUAAGAAGGAUUAUUAUUUCAUCCAGUUCGAUCCCAUGAUGCCUCGAGUAUCAUCGGAUUCCUUCUGGGUUCUGCCCUCACAAACACGUGACUGGCAACCUCUACCGUCUCCUCCUGACUUGGGCCUCAGUAUUUUUGAUGUACUUGAAACAAAUCAUUUUGUGUAUGAUGAAAAAAUAUAUUUUCAAACCAUUUAUAUGACAAAUGAUGGAUCUAUGGAAUUAAAGAGCAAAACUUCUUCACCCAGUGUUGGAGAUAUGACAGAUGAUGCAUUUAUGGAAUUAAAGAGCAAAACUUCUUCACCCAAUGUUGGAGAGUUGGAAAGCGUGCUCUUCUAUUCCUUUGAUCCAUCCUUGGGAGGUGGGACAUGGACUAUACAGGGGGGAGCUGAUGCAUUCAUAGAAUCUUUCAGUUUUACUGUUCAGGGCAGACAGCGCUACCACCGUCCCAUUACACUGCCUCUUCCAGUUCGCGGGGAUUAUAGUCUUCAUCUCUCUACUUCUGACAUUGAAAGAUCCGAUCAUUUUGGUGAAUGGAAAAAUGGAUAUAAAGCAACCUUACAUGCCUUGCUUGUGAACAAAAGAGGUGUUCGAUUUGUUCAGCCAAUCGAGGGUUGUUUUGAGGGCAUCCAACCUGCAUUUUAUGCUGCAUGUCCGACUCUCGUCUACCUUGAUAACAACAUGGUUUGUGCCAUGUUAAUUGGCUUUCUAGAGGAGCAUCAUAAACGUAGAUGUCCAUUAUUUUGUGUUUCUAUAUUUCAGUUAUCUAUCAUGGAGGAUGCUAUUGAUAUGGAUUACAUUAACAGUCCUGCUCAUAAAAAGGUUCAUAAUUUCUUAACUGUUAAUGUAAUCAGGAGAAAUGUCUAUUCCAUGGUAGAUUAUUUGGAAAGACCUUUUAUACGGAGAGACAUAUACCCAUUUAUAGAUGAAAUUAAGGAAUUUCUUUGGAUAGAGUCAAAAGAUCUUCUCUCUCCUGUGUCAAAGAAGCCAAAGCUCAUCUAGAGUUAUUUCCAUUUUAACAUCUUUUAUUCAUGUUUUGCUUAAAUUUUCUUUGGAUGUAUUUUUGGUUUAAGAAUUAAGAAGACAUGAUACUUCCAACUGUAUUUUGUGGAAUUGGAAACUUUAUACUGAAAGAAUUGGGUUGAAUUUUUUAAAGAAUUCCUUUGUAAUUGUUUAAUUUGGGA